GUUAGCCUGUUCCAUUCUUCUUCGUUUUCCGAAGCCGUGGCUUGGAAGUAUACUUGCUUCGUUUCUGAAGGAAGUGACUUGGAAGUAUGCGACGACCAAGCCAGCAUCCUCGCGAUGUCUCAGGUGAGCUGCUCAUGUUAGUGAGGGUUAAAGUAUUGUGGUUAUUUGUUAAUGUAGUUAUUGUUGUUAUUUAUUAAUGUAGUUAUUGUUGUUAUUUAUGAGUGUAUUUAACGUGUUUUACAUUCUAUAUAUCCAUGGAUAUGUCAGAGCUCUGACAGGUUAGGAGCAGCAGCUCACCUGUCCUGCAGCGUCCCCUGCUGCAGGACAGGUGAGCUGCUGCUCCUCUCAGGUGUCUCUGUGACUCUGUCCUGCAGCGCCCCCCAUUAAAAUGAAUAGCAGCUUCAGGUGCAGUUGGAGGACUCUUCUUCAUUGGUGGCUGUAAUGCAGAAGGACCUCUCCUCUUUUUCUCUGGCGUCACUCCACCAGCUCGUCACCACGAGGACCUGUGUGUGUCGAGGGUCAGCAGGGUUUCCGUGGUGAUGAAGUGUCUGGAUGGUUUGUCUGGAAACAGGAACGACCUGCAGACGCUGCUGAGCCUCGGACUGACAGCCAAGGUGGUGCAGUGGUUCGAGGCGCUGCUCGGCCUGCUGACCUCUGACCCCCCACCCCCCCCCCGGACCCCCCCCCCCCCUGCUGAGCCUCACUGAGCAGUUCGACGACUUCUUCAAAGGUCUACACCUUCCCCUGCCGCCAAGCCUUCCUGGACUCCACCGAGGUACAGACACGAAAAUGAUCAAAACAAUGUGUUUCUCACAUAUUGCGCACAUGCUUCUAACAUGUGUGUCACAUGUUAGAAGCAUGUUUCUCUCGUGUCCUGCAGCUGUUUCCUCCCAAAGACGACAAGUUGGACGAGUUCUGGAUCGACUUCAACGUGGGCUCAGAGUGUGUGAGCUUCUUCAUCGACAAUCCUCAGGGCUUCCUGUGGGACUCGAUUGUCCUGCAGCAGGAGGAAGUGGAUCUCUACAGCCUCAAAGAAUGCAGUGGGGUAGAGGCGGUCCUCAGCGUGCGGCUGAAGCUUCCCAUCAUGCACCGGGACAGCCCAGGUCAGGUGGUGCAGCUGAGGUUCGACAGCGAACACCUGAGCAAACUGCAGGAGGCGAUGGGGCGGGUCUUCAUGAAAGUGAAGUGUUCCUCAGAUGGUACGGUCCAGGUCUCCCGCCCCACUGAUAAGCACUAUGGAAGGUCCUACCGCAGGAAGAAAGCACAGAUCCUCCCCAUGUCCUCCCCAAGUAGUGAGCAGGACUCACCUGUUCCGAAGGUGAAUCAGGCAGAGCUUCUGUUCGAUCAGAUCUUUCACUCCUCCCCCACACACUCCUCAGGGUUACAUGAGGGGGCGGAGCUACAAACGUCUCAGGUGCAGAAAGACAUGUUUGGAGACCUCUCUUUCAUUCCAAAGGAAGGGUUCGGUUCUGUCAGGAAGAGGUCCGCUCUCGACUCAGGUUACCUGUUAGACCAAACUGAGGGCCCGCUGGGCAAAACCAGGAGGGAGGAGCCUGAGGCCAAGGGGGGGGAACCUGUGUCAGAGGGAGAGGGGGUGGAGGGGGAAGAGCCUGUAGCCUAA